CAAAGCAUCAUCUUCAACACUACACACACAUACAGCCUCUCUCUAUUUCCUCGCUUCUAAUUAGUAAGGUACCGUGAAGGAGAAGAAAGAAAGAGAUAAGGACAAAUAUGGGAAUCCUUUUUGAAGAAACCUUGAGCUCUAACGGUAAAACCCAAAUUGUUAUUGAUGAUGAUAAUGAGUUGGGUUUGGUGGCCGUGAGACUAGCCAAUGCUGCAGCCUUCCCAAUGGUUCUCAAAGCUUCCCUCGAGCUCGGUGUCUUCGACACUCUCUAUGCCGCCUCUGAGUUCCUCUCACCUUCCGAAAUAGCGAGCCGGCUACCAACCACACCUCGCAACCCUGGGGCGCCGGUUUUGUUGGAUCGUAUGCUUCGUCUACUCGCUAGCUACUCCAUGGUCAAGUGCGGUACGGUCCAAGCCGGAAAGGGCGAGAGGGUCUACAAAGCCGAGCCGAUUUGCAGGUUUUUCUUGAAGGAUAACAUUCAAGAUAUUGGAUCGCUUGCUUCUCAAGUCAUUGUCAAUUUCGACAGCGUCUUCCUUAAUACCUGGGCACAAUUGAAAGAUGUGGUGCUAGAAGGAGGAGAUGCGUUUGGCCGUGCACAUGGUGGGAUGAAAAUCUUCGACUAUAUGGGCACAGAUGAGAGAUUCAGCAAACUCUUUAACCAGACCGGAUUCACCAUCGCUGUUGUGAAGAAGGCUCUUGAAGUUUACCAAGGCUUCAAAGGUGUGAAUGUUUUGGUUGAUGUAGGAGGAGGAGUUGGUAACACUCUUGGUGUAGUUACUUCGAAGUAUCCUAACAUUAAAGGUAUCAAUUUUGAUCUGCCUUGUGCCUUGGCACAAGCACCUUCUUACCUUGGGGUAGAACAUGUCGCCGGAGAUAUGUUUGUUGAUAUCCCAACCGGAGAUGCCAUGAUCUUGAAACGUAUACUUCAUGACUGGACCGACGAAGACUGCGUAAAGAUUCUUAAAAACUGUUGGAAAUCACUUCCUGAAAACGGUAAAGUUGUUGUCAUAGAAUUAGUCACUCCUGAUGAGGCAGAAAAUGGGGACAUCAACGCGAACAUUGCCUUUGAUAUGGACAUGUUGAUGUUCACACAAUGUUCCGGCGGAAAAGAGAGAUCACGAGCUGAGUUUGAAGCUUUAGCCAUGGAAUCAGGCUUUACACAUUGCAAGUUCGUUUGUCCCGCUUACCACUGUUGGAUUAUUGAGUUUUGCAAAGAAAAUGUUUAAAAAUAUAAUGAGGAAUCCUCAUGCAUCAAUUGUUAAUUUCAUCUUCGCUUUAUUCCUUGUUUGCGAUGAUCAUGCCUUUGUCCUUGUCUUCAAUGCAAUGAAAUAAAAAUAAGCUUUUAGAUUUA